AACCAUCUAAACAUCUAAAGUACAAACCAAAAAGAAAAAUAUCUAACUAUAGAAAGAAAGAUGGGAAGAAAAUUUAUUGUCUCUAUGAUCAUAGCCAUAAUCCUUUGUGCUACUAUUUCUGUCACUCAAAGUGAAGCUCAACUCCAGAAGCCACUGACGAUUCCUGGAUUUUUUGCCCCUGGUUCACCUGUUGAUCUGAUAAAAUGUUGGUCGUCUCUCUUCAGUGUUGAAGGAUGUGUACUUGAAAUCUCUAAAUCAAUUUUCUCAGGAAAAUUUGAAAAUGUUGAAGCCGCAUGUUGCAAGGCAUUCUCAACCUUAGACGCAAAUUGUUGGCCCCAUAUGUUUCCAUUGAAUCCAUUCUUUCCACCUCUUCUCAAGGACAACUGUGCUAGCAUCAUUCCUAACUUCUCAGCACACAAUUGAAACCUUAGAUUUGUAGUAGAGUAUUCUCUAGCUAUAAGAAGUUUUAUGUUUAAUUGUUUUUUUUUUGGCGAAAUACGAACUUAUGUCUAUCUUUUGACCAUGAAUAUCCUCAAUAAUUUCAAAUCUCUUAGUAAUUAUCGUUCAUAAGUUUUAACUUUGAUUGGGAUUAUGGUGACAGUAACACACAAAGAUAGGAAUCGAGACAGAUUAAAACUGAAGAAUGUGAUCUAAGAAAAAUCUACGUGUUA